AUGGCAACUGAAAGUCUACAGGCUCGAUUAACAGACUUUGAGCGGCAAGCUCGUGGUGUGUGCAUCGGUGUCAACCAUUUAGCCUUGGACAGUGAACGUGCAAGACAAGCUGAGCUGCUACAAAAAAUUAUGCAGUUAGAAAAAGAUAUUCAACAGUCUGGUGCCCAAAAAUCUCACUUGCCUGAAGCAGCUGCUGAAAUUCGCGAUGACGUGAAAAAUAAUACGGCGGCAUUACGUUAUCUGGAGACAAUAUCACAGUUGGAGAAUUCUUUCACUGUUUUGACUGAAAAUGUUACAGAAACCUCUGUGCAAUUAAGUUCACCGAAAGAGUUGAAAGAUGAAGUACAUGUCAAGAAGGAACUAUCAAACAAUGUUAAAAGUUGCUGGAGUUAUGUUUCCCAGUUGGCUCGAUUAAGUCAAGUACACAUUAGAAAUGCAGCUGAAUACCAUCAGUUUCAUCAUGCAAUCAGUGAGGUGGAGGCAAGUCUCAAAGCACGUGUUCGAAUGACAGAUGUUAGAAAUCAACGACAUGUCCCGGCUACCUUGAAGAAUUGUACAAUACUAGCCAAUGAAUUUAGAGAACAUUUGAAUCAUAUGAUACACUUAUGGGGUAGAUCAGGAAAUCUAUUAGAAGAAAGUCGUCGUAUUGUACCAAUCCAUCUCCGAUUAGGCGGUAUUGUCGACGGAGUGAGUGCAAAUACUGAAACCCCGAGUCCGGUGAUGGCACGUAUGUUAACCUCAUUAACGGGACCGAAUUAUGAGUUGAAGGAAGGUGAAGAAGUUCGUCUUAUUUCAAAUCGUGAUGACCAACACUUUUGGACAGUACAGACGAAUAAUGGGAUAGUUAAAAUCCCUUCAGUAUGCUUAUGGAUCAGCGAUCCUGAUUUAGAGGCUGUAAAACGUGCUGUAAUACUUCGUGAAAAAUGUAUUGAAUCAUGGGAUUUAUUAGUGGAGCGUUCACGUGAACGAUUAAGAUCGUACUAUAGUUGUCUAUUAAAUCAAAUGGCUGAAAAUGGGGAUAUUUAUUAUAACAAUAAGACCGCAAUGGAUAAUUUCCUUGAAGAUUUACGCAGUCAUCUUCUUCUACCAAAUGAUAAUAACAGAACAAGUGAAUUAGGUCAAGCAAUAUAUGCAUUUACGGAUAGACUGAAAAUGGCAGAUAUUAGUCGACAACGUGGUGGAACUGUCCUACGUGAACAAGAUAUUGUCUGCAUGCAUAGUCCACUGUUAAGACUGAGAGAUCAUGAACGUCAAAUGGAACAUUUACGUGCACAAUCUGAACUACUUGGUACACAUAUGACUAAUUAUUUACGUGAAAUUGAUGCUGAUCAAAAACGUGUUGAUAAUGAACUAUCUUUAAUUGACCAAUUACAACAUGAAAGUCAAUCGCAGCUGGAUCAAUUAAUCAGUCGGGUAAAACGUUGGAGUAGCCGCUUCGAACAUGAACCAAAUAUCGACUCCAGUAUAACCAAUUCACGACUAAGUUCAAGUAUCAAAUCAAGUACAAUAUCUGAUAAUUAUCCGCAAGUUGUUGGUCCUACCCGAUCCAUUGUAAGAGAUCAGUCGCGUUUCUCUGGUAGUUCACUACGUUCAGAUUCAAUACCACGUGCUGUAGUUGAUGCGAUAACGCAAAUUGGUGUAACAACUCGAACACAAGGCACACAGAGUUCAGACUAUUUAGGUGACAUAGAACUACGUCCAAUGAAAGGGCAAUAUUAUUCAACAACGUCACCGACAGCUACAUUGCCACCACCUGAACGUAAACCAAUGAGAAAUGCAAUCACACAAAUUGGUAUAGCUAGAGCGGAUACAGGCGUACAAGGUGAUGAUUAUCUUCCACUGCCGACAUCAGUACAUACAAAGAAACGUUCUGUGAAAGAAGUGUUAUGUCAGAUAGGUCAGAUUACAGCAAAUGCAUCGUGUCAAACACUGGAAAUGCCAAAACCACAACUAGAAACGCCGCUACCGCUCCCAGUCGUACAACCACCACCUAAAAAGUGUACUUUAGACGCUGUAGUCCAGUCAGGUGUCAUUACUAAAAAUAAUUCAGCUCAAUGCGAUUAUAUUCAAGAAAAAACCAUGAUGAAAAUUGAACAACCACAACAAAAACCACCGAAAAAGCUUAACAUCUUAGAUGCUAUUUGUCAAAUAGGUCAAGUCACACAAAGUAUUGGUAUACAAAGUCAGUUAGAAAAAGUUGAAAAACCCAACAAACAUUUUGGUGUACAAGUUGAACCAACUAUUGUUCCGGUUCAUAAGAAAUCAACCACUGAAGCUAUCUGUCAAAUCGGCAAGAUAACAAUGAAUGCUAGUACAGAAACUUCACCGAAUUUAUUUAUCCAACCAAAUCUAGUUAAGAAGACUAGCAUCAGUGAUAUCACCUGUCAAAUUGGCAAAAUAGAAAGAACUGCAUCAACGCAAACAACAACAACCAUGGCGGAUGUGGUCGAAGGAAAACCCAUACUUCAUGAUGUCACUUACCAACAUAAUAUACCACGAUCAAAUUUCUGUCACCAAGCUGAUCUUAUAUCUCGCCCAAAAUCUGUCUCAAAGACAAUUAAUGAUGUUGUUUGUCAAGUUGGCCAGGUUAAAAAUGAUGUGUCAACUCAAUCAAUGAUUGAGCAACAACAACUCGCGCCGAUUGUCGUCGCUGCUGCUCCUUCUAAGCCUGCCUGUAGAGAUACCGGUGUUAAUCCAAUCCAACCACUGACAAAACAAAUCACUGCAAAUAAUGAUGUCGUUACACAGACUGGGAUUGUCUUCUCCACGAAGCUAAUUCAAGCUGAGUUGAUUGAAGAGCAACCGGUGUAUGUGAAAACGAUAGAAACAAAAGAUGCUCCUAUUGCAUCAUACAAAGAGAACAUGAACGCGGGUCAACAAGCUGACCUCAUUCAGCAUAUACUACGUAGGCCGACAAGCGAUGUUGUCUGUCAAGUAGGAAGUGUUACAGAAACUACCGGUUCCCAAAUGGAAGAUACACAAAGGCGAAGAAUAUCCCAGGUGGCUACUCAAAGCAUUCCACACGCUAUUGAUAUCAAGGAGGUGCAAACCGACGUGAAACCGAAACUCCUACCGAGAUCGAUGAAUGAUGUUGUCUGUCAAGUUGGACAAGUUCGAAAUGAUGUAUCAACACAGUCAGUUGAAUAUGCUAUUGUUAAACCCCCGUGUAGAGAUGCUGGCAUAGAUCCGGUUCAUGCUGUACAUGCUAAGGUGAGUAGUGACGUGGUUACUCAGACAGGCAUUGUCCAUACGUCGAAAGUUACUCAAGCUGAGUUGAUUGAGGAGCAACCGGUGUAUGUGAAAACGAUAGAAACAAAAGAUGCUCCUAUUGCAUCAUACAAAGAGAACAUGAACGCGGGUCAACAAGCUGACCUCAUUCAGCAUAUACUGCGUAGGCCGACAAGCGAUGUUGUCUGUCAAGUAGGAAGUGUUACAGAAACUACCGGUUCCCAAAUGGAAGAUACACAAAGGCGAAGAAUAUCCCAGGUGGCUACUCAAAGCAUUCCACACGCUAUUGAUAUCAAGGAGGUGCAAACCGACGUGAAACCGAAACUCCUACCGAGAUCGAUGAAUGAUGUUGUCUGUCAAGUUGGACAAGUUCGAAAUGAUGUAUCAACACAGUCAGUUGAAUAUGCUAUUGUUAAACCCCCGUGUAGAGAUGCUGGCAUAGAUCCGGUUCAUGCUGUACAUGCUAAGGUGAGUAGUGACGUGGUUACUCAGACAGGCAUUGUCCAUACGUCGAAAGUUACUCAAGCUGAGUUGAUUGAGGAGCAACCGGUGUAUGUGAAAACGAUAGAAACAAAAGAUGCUCCUAUUGCAUCAUACAAAGAGAACAUGAACGCGGGUCAACAAGCUGACCUCAUUCAGCAUAUACUGCGUAGGCCAACAAGCGAUGUUGUCUGUCAAGUAGGAAGUGUUACAGAAACUACCGGUUCCCAAAUGGAAGAUACACAAAGGCGAAGAAUAUCCCAGGUGGCUACUCAAAGCAUUCCACACGGUGUUAAUACCAGCGCAGUACAAGUAGAUAUGGUCCCGAAACUCUCACCGAAAGCAAUGCAUGAUGUUGUUUGUCAAGUUGGUCAUCUAAGAAAUGAAACAUCCACACAGUCCGUUGAAUAUGCCACUAUCAAGCCUCAAUGUAGAGAAACCGGUGUAAAUCCUGUCCAGCUAUGGGAAAGAAAAGUCAGCGAUGAUGUUGUUACACAAACAGGUCUUGUCCACACAUCAAAAGUAACUCAAGCUGAUUUGAUCAAACAAGAACAACCAGCAAUAUUUAUGAAAAUGACGGAAACUCAACCGUUGUCUCACCCUAGAGAAACUAAGGAAAUAGGUCAACAGGUUACAACAAUGGCGCCUAUACCACGAUCGUUAAGUGAUGUUAUUUGUCAGGUGGGUAGUAUUUCACAAGAUUUUAGUGUACAAGUAGGUGAUCAUAAAAAAGAAUCAUUCCCUACGGCCACACAAAGUACAACUGGUCAUUUCGAUCGAUCAAGAUCAUCAUUCUCCGCUCAAACUGACAUGUUAAUAAAAUUCCCUGAAAGGCGCUCAGUAUCAUGCUAUGAUCUAGUUACACAGUGUGGUGUUGUGAAUGCUAGUAUAGCAUGCCAAACGAUUGAACCUGAAUUGCAAGUAAAAACACAAAUAUUAGAAAAAACUCAAAAGCACAUUAUCAGACCACAAUUGGAUGUUGUAGUCCAGACCGGUGUUGUGAUGAGAACAGAGGAGACAAUGACAGCAAUAACAGACACUUCACCUAUGAUAUCCGUUGGUGUUGAUCCAAGACCAACCAUACCUGUACGAGAAGUCAGCUCAUAUCAAGCUCCACCAAUAAUAGAAAAGCAAAAUAGACAUGUACAAGUAUAUAUGAAACCCAUGGCAACAAAUAAGGAUAUACAAACAGAAAGUAUUAUGACUAAAGACGCAACAAUAACAUCAGAUUUAUUGAAAACACCUCCACCACCAAUUAUCCCCUACGAAGUAGUCACUCAAACCGGUGUAUUAAAACAAAACAUUGAUACACAGACAACAUUUGUCGAAUGGAGACCAGUUAUCCAAUCUAUAGAUAAAUAUGUACAAAGUGAAACAGUACAAACCAUUCCAGAAAUACAAACUGUUGCCAGUCGCGAUACCAAGUACGAUGUACAAACGCAAUCUGGGACAAUGAAACAAUCACAAGCAUUUCAAACACCAACAAUUCCUAAGCCUACUGUUCACCUAAGAUCGACUGGAAUACAAAAUGUAAUGGAUAUGCCACAAAAAGUAAUGAAACAUGCUAUUGUCGAGACUAGUAUAAAACAAUUUGAUGAAAAAAUACAAACUGAGUCUUUACCAAAGCCGGCGAUCAUGCCAAUGGUGCAAACUACACAUCGACCAACACAAACAUUCGACGCACCAACACAAACAGAAAGAAUUGCAGUCAAAGAUCAACAGGUGUUCACAUCAUACGUCGUUAAAACACAAGCGGUGCAAACACCCAUCGAACAACGACCAGUCAUAGAGAUGAAGGAGCUGAGCACUCAACACGAGAAACGUCCAGAGCCGACAGUUCAUAAAAAGCUGCAAGCUGUCGUGCAGUCGCCCACCGCCAACAUCGAAACACAAACGAUAGAUUACAGACCUCCACCUGCUUUCGAUGUUCAAACACAAUCAGGAGUGGUGAGGGUUGAUUCAGAGAGUCAAACACCACUAGAACGCCGACCAGUUGUGGAGGUGAAGGACGCCAGUGUGUAUCACACUCUCGAAAGUAUACCGACUGUGCACAAAAAAUUGCAAGCUGCAGUCAUUCCUCGUCUCGACAAUAUAAGUACUCAAACCGACCCGAUGCCACAACCUGUCAUCAUGCCGAUGGUGCAAACUACACAUCGACCACCUCAAUUAUUGGAUGCACCGACACAAACAGAAGGAAAAAGAGUCAGAGACCAACAGUCAUUCACGUCGUUCGAGGCUAAAAUCUUCGACGUUCAAACUCAGUUCGGAAGUAUACUCAAGUCUCAAGCGGUGCAAACACCCAUCGAACAACGACCAGUCAUAGAGAUGAAGGAGCUGAGCACUCAACACGAGAAACGUCCAGAGCCGACAGUUCAUAAAAAGCUGCAAGCUGUCGUGCAGUCGCUCACCGCCAACAUCGAAACACAAACGAUAGAUUACAGACCUCCACCUGCUUUCGAUGUUCAAACACAAUCAGGAGUGGUGAGGGUUGAUUCAGAGAGUCAAACACCACUAGAACGCCGACCAGUUGUGGAGGUGAAGGACGCCAGUGUGUAUCACACUCUCGAAAGUAUACCGACUGUGCACAAGAAAUUGCAAGCUGCAGUCAUUCCUCGUCUCGACAAUAUAAGUACUCAAACCGACCCGAUGCCACAACCUGUCAUCAUGCCGAUGGUGCAAACUACACAUCGACCACCUCAAUUAUUGGAUGCACCGACACAAACAGAAGGAAAAAGAGUCAGAGACCAACAGUCAUUCACGUCGUUCGAGGCUAAAAUCUUCGACGUUCAAACUCAGUUCGGAAGUAUACUCAAGUCUCAAGCGGUGCAAACACCCAUCGAACAACGACCAGUCAUAGAGAUGAAGGAGCUGAGCACUCAACACGAGAAACGUCCAGAGCCGACAGUUCAUAAAAAGCUGCAAGCUGUCGUGCAGUCGCUCACCGCCAACAUCGAAACACAAACGAUAGAUUACAGACCUCCACCUGCUUUCGAUGUUCAAACACAAUCAGGAGUGGUGAGGGUUGAUUCAGAGAGUCAAACACCACUAGAACGCCGACCAGUUGUGGAGGUGAAGGACGCCAGUGUGUAUCACACUCUCGAAAGUAUACCGACUGUGCACAAAAAAUUGCAAGCUGCAGUCAUUCCUCGUCUCGACAAUAUAAGUACUCAAACCGACCCGAUGCCACAACCUGUCAUCAUGCCGAUGGUGCAAACUACACAUCGACCACCUCAAUUAUUGGAUGCACCGACACAAACAGAAGGAAAAAGAGUCAGAGACCAACAGUCAUUCACGUCGUUCGAGGCUAAAAUCUUCGACGUUCAAACUCAGUUCGGAAGUAUACUCAAGUCUCAAGCGGUGCAAACACCCAUCGAACAACGACCAGUCAUAGAGAUGAAGGAGCUGAGCACUCAACACGAGAAACGUCCAGAGCCGACAGUUCAUAAAAAGCUGCAAGCUGUCGUGCAGUCGCUCACCGCCAACAUCGAAACACAAACGAUAGAUUACAGACCUCCACCUGCUUUCGAUGUUCAAACACAAUCAGGAGUGGUGAGGGUUGAUUCAGAGAGUCAAACACCACUAGAACGCCGACCAGUUGUGGAGGUGAAGGACGCCAGUGUGUAUCACACUCUCGAAAGUAUACCGACUGUGCACAAGAAAUUGCAAGCUGCAGUCAUUCCUCGUCUCGACAAUAUAAGUACUCAAACCAACCCGAUGCCACAACCUGUCAUCAUGCCGAUGGUGCAAACUACACAUCGACCACCUCAAUUAUUGGAUGCACCGACACAAACAGAAGGAAAAAGAGUCAGAGACCAACAGUCAUUCACGUCGUUCGAGGCUAAAAUCUUCGACGUUCAAACUCAGUUCGGAAGUAUACUCAAGUCUCAAGCGGUGCAAACACCCAUCGAACAACGACCAGUCAUAGAGAUGAAGGAGCUGAGCACUCAACACGAGAAACGUCCAGAGCCGACAGUUCAUAAAAAGCUGCAAGCUGUCGUGCAGUCGCCCACCGCCAACAUCGAAACACAAACGAUAGAUUACAGACCUCCACCUGCUUUCGAUGUUCAAACACAAUCAGGAGUGGUGAGGGUUGAUUCAGAGAGUCAAACACCACUAGAACGCCGACCAGUUGUGGAGGUGAAGGACGCCAGUGUGUAUCACACUCUCGAAAGUAUACCGACUGUGCACAAGAAAUUGCAAGCUGCAGUCAUUCCUCGUCUCGACAAUAUAAGUACUCAAACCGACCCGAUGCCACAACCUGUCAUCAUGCCGAUGGUGCAAACAACCCAUCGUCCACCCGAGGUAUCAGAUGUGCAAACACAAUCAGGUAUCAUUCACAAAACUCAAGCAUCACAAACAGUUGCUCAGCCUAAAACAGUAGUUGAUGCCAAGGAAUCCUGCACACAAUAUGAACCCGUUAAGACGGUCACGUUUAGUAAGGAUAUUCAAGUCGACAUUUCCCGGCCAACAUCACAUCGUAACGUACAAACCGACGUGACUGAUAUACAUAUCUUCGAUGUACAAACACAAUCUGGAGUGAUUAGGAAGCUAGGUGAAGCCCAAACUGCACCAGCGAUGUUGGACGCGAGUGUUACUCAUGAAGAUCAACGACAAUCGGUAAACAAAAAGUUGCAAGCCAUAGUCCAAAUGCCACUGAAGGAGACAUUCGUGCAGGCGGAAAUGAUAGAGAAGCGCACUCCCGCCAUGAUACGUAGAGAGACAUUCGACGUCCAGACACAAUCAGGAUCUGUGAGGUGUAGUUCGGCAACUCAAACUCCACCUAUUCCUGUUGCAGAAAAGAAGGAUCUCAGUGUACUCCACGCACCACAAGCAACACCGUUAACAAACAAAAAGCUACAAGCUAUAGUAACUUGCCCUUCUGAUGAAAAGUGUCUGCAAACAGAAGACUACACACUGCCAGAAAUAAAACCAUAUCAGCAAUCGAUUUCACAUGCACCACAAGUUGUACAUCAGCACGUACAGACAGAAUUCAAGAGGACCACAACGAAUACCUUCGACGUCGUCACUCAAUCAGGAACUAUUUAUGUAGCACAGGCAGUACAGACACUUCCUGAGGUGCGGCCAGUCGCCGACACUUCAGACGUCAGUGUCAUUCAUCAUAGAGAGAGGACUCCAUCAACGAACAGGAAGCUGCAAGCAGCCAUUCGUCAAUCAGUCAGUAGCACCAGCACACAAACUGAACCAAUGAAGGCAGAACCAAUGAUGUUGACGAAGAACACAUUCGACGUCGUCACUCAGUCGGGAACUAUUUAUGUAGCACAGGCAGUACAGACACUUCCUGAGGUGCGGCCAGUCGCCGACACUUCAGACGUCAGUGUCAUUCAUCAUAGAGAGAGGACUCCAUCAACGAACAGGAAGCUGCAAGCAGCCAUUCGUCAAUCAGUCAGUAGCACCAGCACACAAACUGAACCAAUGAAGGCAGAACCAAUGAUGUUGACGAAGAACACAUUCGACGUCGUCACUCAGUCAGGAACUAUUUAUGUAGCACAGGCAGUACAGACACUUCCUGAGGUGCGGCCAGUCGCCGACACUUCAGACGUCAGUGUCAUUCAUCAUAGAGAGAGGACUCCAUCAACGAACAGGAAGCUGCAAGCAGCCAUUCGUCAAUCAGUCAGUAGCACCAGCACACAAACUGAACCAAUGAAGGCAGAACCAAUGAUGUUGACGAAGAACACAUUCGACGUCGUCACUCAGUCGGGAACUAUUUAUGUAGCACAGGCAGUACAGACACUUCCUGAGGUGCGUCCAGUCGCCGACACUUCAGACGUCAGUGUCAUUCAUCAUAGAGAGAGGACUCCAUCAACGAACAGGAAGCUGCAAGCAGCCAUUCGUCAAUCAGUCAGUAGCACCAGCACACAAACUGAACCAAUGAAGGCAGAACCAAUGAUGUUGACGAAGAACACAUUCGACGUCGUUACGCAAUCUGGUACCCUUUCCAAAAGUGAAGUUGUUCAAGUCGACUUAGUCGGAGUGUUCGCUCCAACGAAAGACUUAUCUGUCCAUCAUGAAAGAAAGUCGGUCGAUGUAACUCACAGAGAUAUUCAGGUUUAUCUAGAGACUCCACAUAGGGAUGUUAGUGUACAAUCGGAAGUUGCCGGCCUUCCAUUAGGCAAAUCAUUUAACGUCGAAACGCAAUGUGGAGUUGUGCGUCGCGAAGCUGAAGCUCAAACUACUAUUCCUCGUCAAGUUGAAGUUAAAGACAGUUGUGUACAACAUAAAGCCGAGUUGACGAAAAACGUAAAUAAAAAGUUACAGGCAGUUGUUACACCUGGCUUAAAUACAGUCGGUUCACAAACACCCGAAUUGCAACCAGUCACAAAUGUUCCCAUAAUACAAGCAUCUCGCCGUCCAUUAGAAACCCAUGAAACAAUGACACAGACAGAUACUUCAAUGUUCCACGAAAAACAACCAGUUCAGUCUAAAACCUCAGAUGUGCAAACACAAUCAGGUAUCAUUCACAAAACUCAAGCAUCACAAACAGUUGCUCAGCCUAAAACAGUAGUUGAUGCCAAGGAAUCCUGCACACAAUAUGAACCCGUUAAGACGGUCACGUUUAGUAAGGAUAUUCAAGUCGACAUUUCCCGGCCAACAUCACAUCGUAACGUACAAACCGACGUGACUGAUAUACAUAUCUUCGAUGUACAAACACAAUCUGGAGUGAUUAGGAAGCUAGGUGAAGCCCAAACUGCACCAGCGAUGUUGGACGCGAGUGUUACUCAUGAAGAUCAACGACAAUCGGUAAACAAAAAGUUGCAAGCCAUAGUCCAAAUGCCACUGAAGGAGACAUUCGUGCAGGCGGAAAUGAUAGAGAAGCGCACUCCCGCCAUGAUACGUAGAGAGACAUUCGACGUCCAGACACAAUCAGGAUCUGUGAGGUGUAGUUCGGCAACUCAAACUCCACCUAUUCCUGUUGCAGAAAAGAAGGAUCUCAGUGUACUCCACGCACCACAAGCAACACCGUUAACAAACAAAAAGCUACAAGCUAUAGUAACUUGCCCUUCUGAUGAAAAGUGUCUGCAAACAGAAGACUACACACUGCCAGAAAUAAAACCAUAUCAGCAAUCGAUUUCACAUGCACCACAAGUUGUACAUCAGCACACUUCUACUGAAUAUCGUGUACCUUCGGAUACUCAGGAUAUUAAUAUCACUUACAGGAAACCAGCUUCGCCGAUUCCUGGUGUUGCACGUUAUACUGUUAAUGCUGAAGUUCAAUGUCAACCAUCUACUUGUUCCUCCUGGAUUCAAACCAUGCGAGAAUUAGAGUCUCGUCCUGAAAUCAAAGAUGCAAGUGUUGCUCAUAUAGCUGAUGAUUUUGAAAGUCCACGUAUCGUUGAACGUCUGCGUGAAACAGCUCCGUCACGCAGGUAUACUUCUACUAGUGGUAUUCAGACUGAUGAAUCUCUUCUUACUCUUUACCGAAGUCAUGUCUAUGAUGUGCAAACAGAAUCAGGAAAGGUAGUUCGAGUGGCUGGUGUACAAACAGACAUAUCGAUACACAGACAGGAUGUUACCUCAUCAACAUUUGAUAUACAAACACAGUCAGGAAUUCUAUCAAGAGAUUCAAAUGUGCAAACUGUCCUACCAGCUUAUAUCCAUACGCCUAGUUAUGAUGUACAAAUUCAAUCGGGUAUUAUGACAGAUUAUACAGGAGUACAAACGCUGAGAUAUAACCCAUUGGUUUAUGUUACUCAGGACAGUUAUUAUGUGACUGAUGAAAGACAGAUUGAAGAAACUAGAGAUAAAAGUAUUACGCAUAUUCCUGAGAAGCCCACUUUGAAAGGCAAGAAGCUACAAGUUUCAACAAAUCUAGUUGAUUCAGGCUUCCAAGUCGAUGUUCCACAAGUCAGCACACAACCAAUAAUUAAGUCAACAAUGCAUACUGUUCCAUUCCAGACACAAUCAACACAAACAAUUCAAAGUCUGCUAACGGAUGGUUGGUGUCAAGCGACACUAACGCCUACCGCCUAUGAUGUUCAAACACAAUUUGGUGUUCUACAUGCUGUAGAUGGAACACAAACGAUCGCUAUGACUCCAGUUGCUGAAACCAAAGAAACCACUGUCGUACAUGAAAAAGAACCUAUUCAAUUGAAGGGGAAGAAAUUACAAGUCCGUAGUAGUUUAACAGAUUCACAGAUUCAAACAGAAGAGAUGACCCCAGCAGUCCUACCUACGAUAGCAUCUACAAUCCAUACUGUCCCCAUCAGUACACAAUCAGUACAAACUGUCGAGAAGAAAGUCGCAGAGAUGUCUUGUCAAGUAGCUGUACCGUCAUCUGCCUAUGAUGUUCAAACACAAUUUGGUGUUCUACAUGCUGUAGAUGGAACACAAACGAUUGCUAUGACUCCAGUUGCUGAAACCAAAGAAACCACUGUCGUACAUGAAAAAGAACCUAUUCAAUUGAAGGGGAAGAAAUUACAAGUCCGUAGUAGUUUAACAGAUUCACAGAUUCAAACAGAAGAGAUGACCCCAGCAGUCCUACCUACGAUAGCAUCUACAAUCCAUACUGUCCCCAUCAGUACACAAUCAGUACAAACUGUCGAGAAGAAAGUCGCAGAGAUGUCUUGUCAAGUAGCUGUACCGUCAUCUGCCUAUGAUGUUCAAACACAAUUUGGUGUUCUACAUGCUGUAGAUGGAACACAAACGAUUGCUAUGACUCCAGUUGCUGAAACCAAAGAAACCACUGUCGUACAUGAAAAAGAACCUAUUCAAUUGAAGGGGAAGAAAUUACAAGUUCGUAGCAGCUUAACUGAUUCACAUUGUCAAACAGAGCAAACAUCACAGCAUACUGAAGUGAAAUCAAUACAAACUACGCCUAUUCAACAAAAAGACUCAUCAUGCCAACAUGUCAUUGAGACUAUAAAACCUACAUCGAUAACAAGUCAUACAGUCAGUUCUCAAUCGAUUAGUGUACAAACAACAACUGAUUUGCCGUCAUUAUUCCAUGCACAACGUACUGAUCAAAGGAAUAAGAAAUUCCAAGUCAAUCUCAUAUCUAUUCCAUCACCUAGAACGCCAACAGCGAUAUCCACACAUGUCACUUCAUCUAGCACUCAAACACCAAGUUCUGAAUAUAAAGACAUCAGUUUAGAACAACAUACUGAGAAGAAACCUAAACCGCCAACAGUUAUGAUACAUUCAUCGGUAUCAAAUAUCAGUGUUGCUCCUACUACCACGCAACAGUUACAACAACAUAUUAUACCCAAGAUUAAAAUCGAUCAGGAAUGUCAGGUCAAGAUAUCACCGCAACAAUAUGAUAAAAAAUUACAAUACGGUCAAUCCUUCUCAAGUCUAAAAGAUGCUUCACUUCAGUACACUGAUUCAUUUGAUCGUGAUCAGUUAUCAAAAGUACAAUUUAAAAAUAAAAAACUACAAGUGAUUCCAUCAAAAUUAGGUGGUGAAGGAGGUGAGGUUAUAACCCACGAUAAAGAUGUUCAGUGUUCUCCAACCUUGGAUGAAAAGUCAGUCAAACCGACGAAACAAGCCACUGCAACAUCCACAAUAAGAUCACAAUAUUUUACACGUAUCCUUCAAAUGGAUACUUUGCCUGAAAUUGAAAAGAAUUCUAAACAGACUACUACAGAUGACUACUUAUUAAAGAGGUUACCAUUAUUUAAACAUCGUAGUGAUGAUCGUGAUAGCGAUCACGAUGACAAAAUAAAAAUGUCAACAUCAGUUGUUCAGUUAGAAAAACCAACAGCAGAACAAUGUUGUCAGAUAGAUUGCAGACGAAAUGAAUUAAUCGCCGCGGCUGCUUCGUAUCAUCAAAGUGACAUUCAUAUUAGAGAUAGUGAUACAGUGUAUCAGAAACGUCUACAAGUACAGCAAGAACCAAGAAGAACACCAAUCAUUGAUUCUACUAGCUAUUAUUCACAUGAAUAUCAUUCUGUUGGAGUAAAUACACGAGUUAGUCCAUCGACUUCACCAAGAACAGCAACAUCAAGAACACGAACAACACCCUCCCCACCUUCAUCAACCAGGUCGAAGACUAGAUCACCAAAAUCACCAGAUGUUGUCAGUUGGGGUGUUCAGUCAGCACCAGUUAUGUUAACUGGUGUUACACAAACUACAGAAACAUUAAAACAUAAAAUAUCACUAGAUUUAUCAAUUAGCACUGGUGUACAGACAGAUUUACCACUUAGUGAUGCCGGUGAAGAUGAUUAUUACAUUAAACGUGUUGUAACCACAAUCGCUAGAAAAGGUUUAUCAUCAUAUUGUCGUCGUGGACCAGUCAGUCGAAAGAUUAUUGAUCAUACUGAUUUAUUAACAUCCAGCCUACCAAGUAAUUUAAAUGUUGGUCAACAUGAAGGUGAUGAUGAAGCAGAGGAUCAGUUAGAUGAAGAGAUGAUAGCUGUUGGUGAUCAACUACCUAAAACAUCUAAAAAGAUAACCACUAUACAUAAACAUGGUGAUCGUCGAUAUGUUCGGGAGGAAUUAUUCACUGAGGAUUAUAAAGAUAGAGGAAGUUCAUUAGACUCACGUUUAGCUUAUGGUGCUGGACCUAGUGGUGGAGCCAGAUCAUUAAGAGAAGUUCAUCUACAGGAUAUUGAUUUACACGAUAUGCAUGAACAUGAUGAUAUUUAUACGGACGCUGAAAUAUGCUUCCAAAAUUUAUUAACUCUAUGGGGUCAACAGUACCUGUUAUCACGUGUUAAAAUGAUUGGUCGGUCAACUACAACUCCUGAACUGUCAGUUACUCUUGAUCGAGCAAGAUCAGAGUCCGGUAAAUCACGAUUAAUUGAAGCAAAAACACAAUUCACCUCAACUGGUAACUUAGUUACUUCACUUAAGAAUAUUUCAAGUGUUGCUACACAAACAACCAGUGAUAUACCAUUUGUGACACGUCCACCGCAUAAAAAUAAACGCAUCCAACGAGGGCAUAGCUUCAUCGCUAAGGCAAGUGGCAGUGGUGUACAUCAACCAACACGUACUGGUUCUGCAGUCAGUCCAUUAUCUCCAACCACAGAAGAACUAACGACUAUCGGACACCAUCGCCAACAACAACAACAAGGAAUAGCCGGUACCACAACUACUACAACUACAACCUAUACAGAAACAACACAUGAACAACAAUCAAUGCUGAGCCUUGAACAAACCUAUGUCUGUCCUGCAUGCGGUAAUCAAGCCACAAUCCCUAUCCCUCUACAUACAACAUCAAUACAACCACAAGUUCUACCGAUAACACAAUUAAAAGACGCCCAAGCACAAACACGAUUCCAUGAACACCAAUCACAGGCACUAACUACAGAUAAGCAAUGUACAUAUAUACCAGUUUACUUAACUGAUGAAGAUGUGAUUCGUAUAAAUCCAAGCCAACGGAUUGAAGAAGAGAAAGAAUAUUCAAUGGUUACAUGGCAUCCAGCCACAACAACAGAGACAGAUCGUCGUAGAGAUGAUGGUCGUACUGAUGAUCGUGGUGGACAAGAUGAAGUAUGGAUUGACAGUCCUGGUAAAUUAUUUGAAUUAAAGUUGAAGGAAGUUAUUGUACCAGGAACAAAUAAAUAUAUCAGCGCUGGAGAAGCAUUUUAUCGUGGUCUGUUGAGAGUUGUCUAUUGGGACUACGAAAAACUUGGUGGAAGGCAAUCCUCACUGACUGAUUCAUCUGCUGCAUCUAUCCCAUUAACUGAUGCUGUCAUUUCAAAGGCUGUACGUUUAGCUUAUGAGAAAUCUGUACACCCCCAUCAACAAGCACCAUCGUCAUUGGAUGCUAAAAUAGUCUGGAGGACACCAGAAAUACAACGUCAUAGGUAUAUAGUCCAUUCGAUUCGACCACCACCGGUUUAUCCAGGUCAAUCUAGACAUACACCAAUCAAUUUGGAUAUCACCUCGGCGAUACGCACAGGUUUAAUCGACAAAGACACAGGCUGUAUGCUGUUCACAACAUCAGUAGUUAAGAAGGGUGAUAGUAGCGGUAGUAGUUCAGAACAAACUGAACGUCUGUCUGUCAGAGAAGCUAUGGUACGUGGAUAUUUAGUUGCUGAAUUCAUUCAACCAGAAGCAUCUCGUAUGAUGAAAACGAUAACUCAGUCAUCAUCGGUUGCCUACGUACUGCCAAGUACAAGUUACACAUCUCAUUCACCGACUGACGUCGACAUUUAA